AAAAUUCUUUCAACUCAAAUGUUUUCGUCUGCUACGUCGAAUGUAAACACGAAAUGAUAAUUUCAGCCACGGCCACGCUCUAGGCUUUCGGCAGAAAUAUUAUGUUAUUCAAAUGUGCAAACGUUUUCUUAGAUAGAGCAGGCAGGCUGUUGAAACAUCCUGCAUUUUAUUCAAAAUUUACUACACAACUUGCAACAAGAAUGGCCCUUUCGUCCAGUGCUGGUGGAUGUCAUAAACAUGACCCAAAUCAGCUCAUCAAAUCCAAAUCACCUUACCUUUUACAACAUGCAUUCAAUCCAGUUCAAUGGUAUCCAUGGGGUGAAGAAGCUAUAAAAAAGGCAAAAGAAGAAAACAAGUUGAUAUUUCUGUCAGUCGGAUAUUCAACAUGUCACUGGUGCCAUGUCAUGGAGAAGGAAUCUUUCGAGAAUGAAAAUGUUGCAGAGCUGAUGAACUCUGAAUUUAUCAACAUUAAAGUCGACAGAGAAGAAAGACCAGAUGUUGAUAAAAUGUACAUGAGCUUCGUUCAGGCCAUCACAGGCCGUGGUGGAUGGCCAAUGAGUGUUUGGAUGACCCCAGAACUUAAACCAGUUUACGGGGGCACUUACUAUCCUCCUGAUGACCGAUACUAUGGCCAACCUGGUUUCAAAACAAUCUUGAAAUCCCUGGCUGAGCAGUGGAAAGAAAACCCCGGGAAAUUCAAGGCAUCCGGCGAGAAAAUCAUGACUGCUUUGGCACGAUCGUCCACGCUGGGAAGUGGAGAUCAAGUGCCUAGCGCCUUUGACUGCGGCCAUCUCUGCUUCCAGCAGUUGCGAGGCAGCUACGAGCCAAAAUUCGGCGGUUUCAGCAAAGCUCCGAAAUUCCCGCAACCGGUCAACAUGAACCUCCUGCUGCGCUGGCACGUUCUCAGCGACGACGCAGCCGACAGCGACCUGGCCCUGGACAUUUGCCUCCACACGCUGCGCAUGAUGGCCAAAGGAGGGAUCUUUGAUCACGUCCGUCUGGGUUUCGCUCGUUACUCGACCGACGAGAAAUGGCACGUGCCCCAUUUUGAGAAGAUGCUCUACGACCAAGCCCAGCUAGCACUCGUUUACACCGACGCCUAUCUUUUGACAAAAGACCAAGAUUUCGCCAGAGUCGCCAGCGAUAUCCUCACCUACGUUAGCAACGAUCUGAGCGAUCCAUCCGGCGGAUUUUAUAGCGCCGAGGACGCCGAUUCGUAUCCGGAAACCGGAUCGGACGAGAAGCGCGAAGGAGCCUUCUGUGUGUGGAGCCACAAAGAAAUCCAGUCAGUUUUGGCUUCGCAACCGGCUCCGUCUCAAGUCGGGCCGGAUGUCACAGUGUCCGACAUUGUUUGCUAUCACUUUGACAUCCGACCCAGCGGCAACGUGGAUCCCUAUCAGGAUCCACAUGAUGAGCUCAAGGGCCAGAACGUCCUGAUUAUUCGCGGGAGCGACGAGGAAACGGCGGCCAAGUUUGGAUUAUCAAUGGACGUUUUGCGGGAGUUGCUGGAGACGGCCUUAUCAACAAUGCGGGAGGCCCGCCAAAGAAGACCACGUCCACAUCUUGACGAUAAAAUGCUGGCCAGUUGGAACGGUUUGAUGAUCUCGGCCUUGGCCAGAGCCGGCCAGAUUCUCGGCCGAGACACUUACGUCGAGAGGGCCGCCAAAGCAGCCGAGUUUGUGCGCCAGCAUCUCUACGACGGGCAAAGUGGACGCCUCUUGCGCAGCUGCUACCGCGGCGGCGACGGCCAACAAGACGCCGUCUCUCAAAAUGCCGAGCCGAUUGGAGGAUUCCUCGAUGAUUACGCUUUCGUCAUUCGUGGACUGCUGGACUUGUACACGGCCUGUCAGGACGAGAAAUGGAUCCAAUGGGCCGACGAAUUACAACAGAAACAAAACCAACUCUUCUGGGACGCGUCGCAGGGCGGAUACUUUAGCUCGGCGGCCGGCGAUCCCAGUAUCCUGAUCCGGCUCAAGGAAGAACAAGAUGGAGCCGAGCCAUCCGGCAAUUCGAUAGCUGUGGGCAAUCUGGAACGGCUAGCCGUUGCGGUCGAUCGAGAGGACUAUCGCGAUCAAGCCAGACGUACCCUGUGCCUGUUCCAAGAUCGGCUGGCCAAAAUCCCCGUCUCCUUGCCCGAAAUGGUGGCCGCCCUGCAGCUCCACCAAGGAUCGCCGACCGAGGUGGUGAUUGUGGGUCCCAGAUCGUCAAAUGUCGGCCAUCAGCUCUUCAGAGAAGCCGUGACGCACCGCAAAUCCUUACUGGGUCAAGUGGUGAUCCGUUUCGAUCCGUCCAGCUCUUCUUCUUCCUUUUUGGCCAGUCGUAGGCCGUCAUUAGCGGCUAUGAAACCGCCCCUAAAAGGAGGUGACGUGGCCGACGCUCCUGCCGCUGCUGCUUACCUCUGCCGAAAUCGAUCCUGCUCGGCUCCCGUUGAUUCCCCAGAGGAUUUACGACAGUUGCUUAACUCGAACUGACAUUGAUCCUUUUUUCUUUCGUUCUUUCUUUCUUCUCCUUUUUGCGCCCAGCAGCGAUACACAACGGACUCUCCAAAUGCUUUUUCUUCUUCCAUUUCUUAUAUACAUAGAAAUACUAACCGCAAUGUAUUUGAGAGAGAGAAUAGAAAGAAAACUUGUAAAUGUA